GCGGCGCCGAGGUUCCGGUCAUCUGGCUUCCGCCACCCAGACAACCCCUGUGCAGGCCAACCCUUAGCGCCUGCGCAGACGGCGGCGUCCGUGCAUCACCAUGGCAGCAUUCGCGGGGGGCCCGGGGUCCUGGAGUGAAAACAUACUGGAUUAUUUUCUCAGAAGCAGUCAGAUCAGGACAGAAGAUGGCGCUGAGAUCAUCUGGUAUCACGCAGCUAACCACAAGUCCCAGAUGCACGAGGCGUUGAGGAGUGCUGCCCACAUGAUAGAGGCUGAUGUCCUUCUUCCUAGUGAUGGAUCAGAACAUGGCCAGCCAAUCAUGGCCCACCCUCCUGAGACAAACAGUGAUAACACGCUGCAGGAGUGGCUGGCUGAGGUCAUGAAGAGCAACAAGGGCAUCAAGUUGGAUUUCAAGAGUCUGGCAGCUGUCAGAGCAUCCAUGCUGUUCCUGCAGAAUGUGAGACAGCACCUGCAGCGUCCUGUGUGGAUGAAUGCUGACAUUCUUCCUGGGCCAAAUGGAAGCAGCAAAGUCGUGGAUGCCAGAGCCUUUCUGGACACCGUGACAUCCUUCUUUCCAGAUGUGACCUUUUCCCUGGGUUGGACAACAGGAUGGCAUCCUGAGAAAGUCAAUGAAGGCUACAGCUGGGCAAUGGUGAAAGAGAUGGACUACAUAUGCAGUGGCCUCACCCAGCCCAUCACAUUUCCGGUCAGGGCAGCUUUGGUCAGGCAAUCCUGUUCUCAGUUGCUCUGGCUGUUGAAGAAGUCAAACAGGUACAGCCUGACUAUUUGGACCGGAAAGGAUGACAGUUAUUCCACUGAAGAUUUACUUUAUAUUCGAGACUACUUUAAUAAAACCCAAGUUUUCUAUGAUAUUCUGGAACCACAAAACCAUGAAUUUAAACAAGCCAUUGGAAUCCAAGUCACUUUUUAAGAAUAUAAGAAUACACUUCUUCUAAAUCAUUUUCUCUUUUGGUUUCAUGAUCUUUCUCUGCUUUGGUCUGAAUUAAUUGCUGUAUUAAUUGUGAUUAUUGGUUUAUGCUAAAUUUAUUCAAUCAAAAAUGCUUAUUGUAUAUUUAUUUGAUUCUUAUAAUGUCUUCAUGGCUGUACAUGGCUGAAAGAUUUUACCAGCUGCAAUAAAAUUGUUUUCAAAUUAUAGUAAAAAUGUUCAAGCCAGGUGUGGUAG